AUGCUUAUGGUGAUGGCACCGAAAACUAAAAUUCAAGUUCGGGGAAAGUCAGCAAUUCAGAAACGAUAUUCUGCUGAGAGUGAUUCAUCCGGAAGUGAGUCCGAGGAUUAUAUCUCGGAUGAAGGAGAGCUCGUGGAGGCAGAAGCAGCAAUGGUGUUGGAAGAAGAAGAUAAAGAACCGCUGAAUUUCACGAACAAACUUUUCGUCAACGACAUCGGUGAUCUAUUUGGUGGUGGAAAGCACAUGUCAGACUUCUGGGACUAUUUUCCUGAUAUCCUAGAUGAUGCUAAAGCAUAUGCUUUUGAACGUUGUACAGAAAAGUCUGCCAGUUUUACCAGCAUGGAUCUAGCCUUGGAAAUUGAUAAAAUGUUUUAUGAGCAAACUGGCACAGUGAAACGUAAUCCGAAUAUGUAUAAUAAACUCAAAAAAAAAUUUCACUGUAAUUUUGCUUUACGUGCACCUUAUUACAAGUUAGAAAUAAAAAUCCUCCAAAACAAAGUAAUGAUAUCAUAUCAUUUUUUUCAAAAAACACUUGUUCUUGUUCAUGAUUGUCUUUGGAACAAAGAAAAUUACUGA